AUGAUCCUGCAGGACCUUGCGCCGUCCUGCAUUGCAGAGUGUCCUGGCAUAUGCCCACAUUUGCAGACACUCGUAAUGCAAGCCCUGAUGAACGUCGAUCCUACACCUUACGUGUGUGCCAACAGCGCGACCUUCAUUUGUAUGGACACGCCGGCUUGCGAUAGCCUCCUCAACACAGCAGAGAGCUAUGACCUCUUCCACGUCCCCAGAAGCGAGGAGGAACUCGAGAACACGUGCAACCCUCCGGACACAUCCACGAGCACUGCGGCCAGCACUCAAGACAGCACAGCGGCGCAGGCAGAUGAUGUGGUACCGGCUGCGCGUAGCAUCCCAGAUGUGGGGCCGACCCCUUCCACGAGCUUGAGGACGGCACGGGGCCGUUGA